AUGUCACCAUCAAACAAACAAAUCAAAGUUGACAAAAGACUGCCUGUGACGGUACUCUCUGGAUUCCUUGGCGCUGGAAAGACAACCUUACUCAAUCAUAUCCUCAACAACCAAGAGGGCAUGAAAGUGGCCAUCAUUGUAAAUGAUAUGAGUGAUGUGAAUGUUGAUGCAAGGUUGGUAAAGUCAGACUUUGCUGUGAGCCGCACCCAGCCAAAGGAGAAGACGGUCGAGAAGAUGGUGGAGAUGCAGAAUGGUUGUAUAUGUUGUACGUUGCGUGAGGACCUCUUGAUUGAGGUGUCCAAGUUGGCCAAGAUGAAGAAGUUUGAUUACCUGUUGAUUGAGUCAUCGGGAAUAUCAGAACCAUUGCCAAUCGCCGAGACAUUCACAUUUGAGGAUAGUGAUGGUACUGAAGAGUCUGGACAACCACAAGUGUCAUCAAUCAGUGAGUGGACCAGAUUGGAUACCAUGGUGACCGUUGUCGACACCUCAACAUGGAUGGAUGAGUACCAUGCCGGUGAGACACUCAAAGACAAGGAGAUGGGCGCGACCGAAGACGAUGAGCGGUCCAUCGUUGACCUACUGAUUGAUCAGGUCGAGUUUGCCAAUGUUGUAAUCUUGAACAAGGUUGACCUGGUCGCUCCAAAGGACUUGGACUUAAUUGAGGGCCUCAUUAGACAUAUCAAUCCCGAUGCCAAGAUACUCCGCUCAACUCGCUCCAUCGUCCCAUUGAAGGAGAUAUUGAACACUGGUAUGUUCGACUUUAAGAAGGCAUCGGAGCAUCCAGGUUGGCUUCAAGAAAUGCGCGGCACACAUGUUCCAGAGACGCUCGAGUAUGGUAUCAGCAACUUUACCUAUCGUGCCAGACGGCCCUUCCAUCCAUUGCGUCUCAACGACGUGAUCACACGUGGUGUCAAGGUUUUCCAUGGUGUUCUUCGUAGCAAGGGCUUCAUGUGGAUCGCUACCACACCCGACCUCAUUGGCAUGUGGUGUCUGGCGGGCAUGGGCCUCACCCUGUCCAAGGCUGGAUAUUGGCUGGCCGACCUCGAGAAGAAUGAAUACCCUGAGCCAGACCUUGUCGAGUCUAUCCUUAAGGCUUGGGAGGAGCCUUGGGGAGACCGUAGGCAGGAGGUCGUCUUCAUUGGUGGCGUGAACAUGGAUCGCUCGAUGAUCGAAAAGGAGUUGGACGACUGUCUACUGACUGAGGAAGAGAUGCAAGCGGGCAAGGAAGCAUGGCAAAAGUGGGAGGAUCCAAUCAAGAUUGAUGAGGAGGAGGAAGUUGAGAUGGAUGAAGAAGAGGAUGAAGAUGAUGAAGAGGACGAGAUACACAAUGGACAUGUUCACUCCAAGAGUUCAAGUCGAUUGAAGAAUAUACAGAUGAGACUCAAGGCCGCAGCUACCUCAUCCAACAAAAGAUCAACAACAAAGAAAACAAAGAAACCAGUCUCUGUGAUCAAAAGAGUCAAGGGCAACGAGGCUGGCUCAGUCUCAACAUCUGGUGCACUAUCCAAAAACUCAUUGAUUGAGCGAAUAAGAUCAAAGGCCAGAUCAAAGAAGAAUAAAUCAUCUCAAAGGAAGUGA